UGAUCUUUGUCUCUUCACGCGCUGCAUUACACAGAAAAUGUUGCAUUUUUAUCUUCAGGGUUUCCUUUCUUUAAUUCUGGUAAGGGUCGUAUCAGGAUGCAGAGGUACUGAGACCGUGAUAGCGGUUAAAGAAGAAGAUGUAGCUCUAUCUUGUCUCAGUCCAAAUGAGACCGAUCCAGUCAAGUACAGAUACAAAUGGACAAAGUAUGCUACAGAUACCAAUGAGCCGAAGGAUAUAUAUAAGUGGCUGAGUAAAAACAAUCAGCCGUCAAAAUGGGAGGUUGAUGGAAAUGAACAAAAGUGCCUUUUUCUGAGAAAAUCCCAAAAGUCUGAUGAAGGACUUUACACUUGUGAAAUGUGGGAAGGAUGGGACCUCAUUUUGGCCAAAAACAUAUCUUUGAAAAUAAAAGAUUGCAAAAUCCUUGAAUCUGUGAAGGCAGCACCCAGUAGGUUUGCUCAGCUAAACUGCCCAGUAAACAUAACAUUAGGACCUCAAAACAUCUCCUGGGCAAUGCAGAAAGGAAACAGUCGCUUUUCUAUCGACUCUAAAAGAGCCAAACCUAAUGGCACAACUCUGAUUUUCCAGUCUGUGACCCACAGUGAUGGUGGCUGGUAUAGAUGCAGUUACAUGCUUGGUCAAACUCAGCGCUGCUUUGACACCAAUCUACAUGUCCAAGAGGAAGAUGGUUUCAUGGCCACGACAGCGCUGAAUGUUGCAACAAAAACCCUGACAAGUCUGUCAGAACCAACAGGCAAAAAGACUUCACUGACAAACAGAAUGGAAGAGCAUGACUCUCUCACUCUAGUUGUGGUCUUAGUCAUUUUGGGGAUUAUUAUUUUUGGUGCAUUGACAGGCUUUUUUGUGUACCACAAAUGCAAAACCCAGAGAGUCGCACAACUGCAGCAGAGGCACUUUGAGGGUAAUCGUUUGUCGAUGUAUGAGAAUGUUUCACCUUUGAUGGAAUCUUCAACCCGAGUCAACAGUCUGUACCAUAUGCCAGAUGAAACCUUGGUUACUUUCAAAAAGUAGCCACUUUCAUGAACAAGAAGAUUCUCCUCUGUGGCUUUCUCAUCUUUGCUAUAUGGUGUGAAUUAUCAAAUGUGGAUCGCGGUUAAAAAAAAUUCAAGAGUGUAUAAUCUAAUCAUUUAGACCAGUGGUUCCCAAAGUGUGGGCCACGGCCCACCAGGUAGGCCGCAUUAAUAACAGGAAUUCAGUUUGAAAUUACUCACAAGUCUGCAUAGUUACAUAUUUAAAUAAAUGUAUUUAUUUAUAUAAAAAGUGAAUUAAAACUGGUAAUAAGAGGCGCUCAUUACUUUGAUCUAAAUUUACUGUUCUUGUAUUGAAGUUUGUGGCAUUAGCACGUUACAUAUGACUGGGUAGCAGUAUUUUUUUUUAAUCAAAUU